UUGGAUAUUAGAAUUUGAGUCUAGAAUAAUAUUUCAGGAAAUUAAUUAAUAUUCUAGAUACGGUGUAGUUGUUAUAAAUAGCUAUCAAUAAUAUUUUUGUUUGUCUAAUCGAGCAAAUGGAAAAAAUAAUAAAUUGAUAUUUAUUCAAUAAAUAAUUAAUCAUGGAUAAAUCAAAUCAGAUAAAUGUUAUCACCUGGCCUGAGUUGGUUAUUGAAAAGCUUGAAAAAUAAGAGAACUUUGGUAUAUUAUGCCCAGAAAGUCAUAAUAAAUUUAUUGAUUAUUUCGAUCCGGUCUCUGCUUUCAUCUAAUAAGACUUCUAAUGAAAGUCACAACUAUAUACAAGAUAAAAUAUGUAACCAGGGACAAGCAGUAUAGUGGCUCUGUUGUUACUAUACUCUGGUUGCAGAAUGAGAUGGACACACUUAGGCAUAGUUGUCUUUUUAUUCCUAAAGGGCACCUUGGGGCAACAAGGUUACAACUACCCCACUCCUCAAUCUCCUUUUAACGGAGGCUCCUCGCAACAAGGCCAAGGCGGCUUUCCAUCAACUGCACCUGGAGGCACACCAGGAGGAUACCCAUCCGGUGGAGGAUAUCCAUCAGGUGGAUCAUUUCCUAGCACUCCUGCUACAAGUUUCCAACGUCCUGGCUUUGGUACCACUUCAGCUCCAAGUAAUGGAUAUCAACAAGGCGCAACUACAGCCGCUGAGUAUCCAGGAUCUACACCCACAGGAUAUCCAGCUGCAGGACGACCAAGUGGUACACCAUUUCCACAAGGUCCAAGUCAACUACAAGGUCCAUCAGGGUAUCCUUCUGAAGGAAAACCUGCCAGACCAGGAUUUCCAUCAAGGCAGCCACAAGGACCUAGUGGAACAGGCCAAAUUCCAACUUCACCUACUGGUCCAACAGGAUAUCCUUCAGCGGGCCGACCUUCCGGGCCUGGCUUUCAAUCUGGACAACAACCAUCGCAAGGCGGAUAUCCUUCUGGGCCUGGUGGUCAACAACCAUCGCAAAACGGAUAUUCUUCUGGGCUUGGUGGUCAACAACCAUCGCAAGGCGGAUAUCCUUCUAGGCCUGGCGGUCAACAACCAUCGCAAAACGGAUAUCCUUCUGGGCUUGGUGGUCAACAACCAUCGCAAGGCGGAUAUCCUUCUGGGCCUGGCGGUCAACAACAGCAAGGAGGAUACCCUGGUACUCAACAACAGCCAGGAUAUCCAGGUCAGCAAGGCGCUCAAGCAGGACAAGGAGGUUCGUAUCCUGGAACACAAGGACAACAAGGAGCUACAACUUUUGGGCAACCUGGUCAAGGUGGAUUUGGACAAACUCAAGAAGGGCAAGGCAGACCUGGACAAUUUGAAGGUGGACAAGGCGGAUUUGAACCAUCAGAAGAAGAAGAAGGAGAUUAUUCAGCUAUUCCUGGAGAACCAAAUGUUGAUUAUCCGAUUUUAUCUUUCGUUCCUGAAACUUCGUUCAGAUGUGAAGAUCAACAAUACCCUGGAUAUUAUGCCGAUGUUGAAGCUAGAUGCCAAGUAUUCCACAUUUGCGCCAACAACAAAACCUACGAUUUCCUCUGUCCGAACGGAACCAUUUUCCAUCAAGAGUACCUGGUAUGCGUUUGGUGGAACCAAUUCGAUUGCAACGACGCGCCUUCCCUGUUUGGUGUAAAUGCAAACAUUUACGACUAUUCCAUUACAGGAGCCCAACAAACUGGUGCUAUUCCUGCAGGAUCUGGCUAUGAAGGAACUCAAGAAGGGGGCUACCCAUCUACAAUUGGACCACAAGGACCAGGUGCAAGUGAAGGCUAUCCAUCAGGAAGACCUCAAGGUGGUGCAGGUCAGGCAGGAGGAUAUCAGCCUAGUGGACCAAGUGGACAAGCACAAGGUCCAAGUAGAGGCUAUCCUUCAGGAAGACCUCAAGAAGGUACAGGUCAAGCACAAGGAUACCAGCCUAGUGGACCAAGUGGCCAAUCACAAGCACAAGGUCCAAGUGGAGGUUAUCCAUCAGGAAGACCUCAAGGUGGCGCAGGUCAAUCAGGAGGAUAUCAGCCGGGUGGUCAAACACAAGGACCAGAUGGCGGUGCUGAAGGAUACCAACCAAGUGGACCUAGCUCUGGUUUUCCAGGUCCUUCACAAUUCCCUGCAGCUCAAGGACCUCAGAGAACUGGCCAGCAACAACAAGGUUAUCCUUCUGGAAGCCCACAAGGACCAGCCUUUGGACCUACUGGCCCUCAAGGACCUUCAACGCCUGGACAAUCGUCUCAAGGAUCAUUCCCAGGCUCUGGCCAACCAACACAAAGGCCCGGAUAUUUACCGCCAAGGCAAAAUGGGCAAAGACCGGGUGGUCAACAACCCAGUGCUGGAUACCCAAGUGGGCAACCUUCAGGUUUUCCUGGAGGCCAACAGCCUUCUCCUGGUGCUGGGUAUACUAAUGGUCAACAGCCUUCGGGUGAAGGAUAUCCUGGCGGACAGCAACAGAAUGGUGGAUAUACGAAUGGCCAAAGGCCUGGAGGUAGGCCUCAAGAGCCAACUAGAGAAUAUUUGCCACCAAUUGGAAAAUAAUAUUCUCAUAGAGAUUAUUCUGUAUUUGAGCCAGUGUAAAGGAUUAAUAGUGAAUCUUUUUUUCACACAUAGAUCUCUUACCAUUACACGGAAUUCACUAUUAUAAGUAGUAAGUUAUUAUGUAGAUAAUUUUAACUAUUUAGGUUCCUUGCCUGUCAUGAAAUGUACAAAAUAAUGGAUUUUGUGCUGUAAAUAGUUUUACAUUUAUAAAUGAUAUAUUUUUUUUUAAUGAAAAUAAGUAAAAAUGUAAAAAUCGAUUUACAUAGUAGAAUAUAGUUACUUAUUAAGCUACGCUUACCAAUAAAGAGUUACCAUUUUGUACCGAAUGUAACAUAAUGUGUUCAAAUGUAUGAAAUUUAUUUUACUUCAAAUAAAUACCUGCAAUAAUUUUAGUAACAAAAAUAAUUAUUUUAGAUUUAUGAAUUAGGUACUUGGCGACAAAGAUCCUGAAUCUUAUUCCUGAGAAUAUUGAGAGUUUAUUUAUUUGCAUAGCUUCUGCAAAGUUUCACUGCUAAAUCAACUUGAACAAGUUAGAGAUGUAAACAUGCAGUAAAUGAACUGUUAGAAAACAUGCUGGAUGCAGCUGUAGAAGGAUGAUUACCAAUUCAAUAGUUAAAUGCACAAGAUUGGCCCUAUGCAAAAACCAAAUAAUUUAAUUAAAACCAUAUUUUUCAUAUUUCUACAUUCGAAAUUACAUCGGUUUUUCGUUCAAAAAUAAUUUUAAAAACAUUUUUAAUAGCCACCGCAUAUGCCGCAGAUCUAACAUCUACACCAAGCUUCAAAGAUUCUAAAUUUUUCGAUAUUUCCUAAAAAGAGAUGUACUAUAGCACAAACAUAUUGCUAGAAAAUCCAGUUAUACCUGUCCUACUUCUGUGUAAAUAAAUUCAAUAGCAUUUUUCGUAAAAUCACAAUCUAAAGGUUUAAAAAUGUCACAUUGAGUCUUCGAUCCACCAACAAUUACUUUUUGACUUUGAGAGGUAUUGUUAA